AUGGAUUUGGAGAGAAUAAAGCAAAAUCUCCGACUACGUUCUGGCCGAUCAAAGAAGACUCACAAGCAACCCGUUGUCCGAUCGAACGCCAUCCCUCAUGUUGAUGAAGUGAAUCAGAAGAACAACUCCAAUGGUGGGGCUCGCAAGUCUAGCGGACCAGCGAGGCACCCUGCAGCUGGUGUCGACCAGCAAUCGAUCCCAGGUACUAGCAAAAAUUCCGAGACACCUCAAUCUACCUCUAGUGGCGCGGCGAAUGUGGCAAAACAUCGACCGCCUCUCAUGCAUGCCUCGACAUCGUCAAACCUGAAACCAUUGGUAGAAGCCCAGCCACAGCGUUUUGGAAAGUCCGGAAUGGAACGUCCUCGCCAAGGUCCUGUCAAUGAGCCAGCGAUCACACGCACCAUGUCUGAGAAUGACACUGGAACCGGACUGCUGGACGAGGAUUCCUCGUCUACCUUGGAUUUCGACCUACGGGCUCCUCCCCCGCGCCCAAAGCCACCUUCAAUCGAGACGCUUUCGGAGUCUCUGUUCUCAACGGGUCAUCUCAAUACCCUCUUACGCGACGCCCAUCAUCUGGCACGGUUUACGUCGUUUCUGACGAAAUACCGGCCACAGUACCAUCCGGUUCUUCUCCGCUACUUGGAAACUCAAAAGGCCAUAAAGGCUGUCGAGUAUGCGAACGCUGUUGCCGAAGGUGUCCCUCUGUCUUCGGACAAUGAUAUAGAAGGCUCAUCGAUUCCUCGGGCUUAUGUCGCGGCAACGCUGGACAAAGUAUUUGAGGAGGCGAGCACUGCUGCCUUUCGACUUAUGCUAGAUUCUGCCCUCCCAAUGUACAUCACCUACAACCUAGUGAAGGUGGUAUCGGAAUGCCUCGUCAAUGAGAUUACAGGAAGACAGACGCCUCUGAUGCGGGAUCUGGUCGGAGGCUUGUCCGAAGUCUUUUGCCUUUCUGACCCCAAGCAGGAGGACAAUCCAAUCAUCUAUGCCAGCGAAGAGUUCUAUCGGUACACGGGCUACGGUCCGGAUGAUGUCAUUGGGCGCAACUGUCGCUUUCUCCAAGGGUCAAAGACCAAAAGAGAGUCCGUGGCACGACUGCGGGAAACCAUUGGCAAAGGCGAAGACCUUUGCGAGACGCUAUUGAACUAUCGGAGAGAUGGCAGGCCGUUUAUAAAUUUACUGAUGAUUGCCCCACUUCACGACGAUAAAGGGAACGUGAAAUAUCACAUUGGCGCUCAGGUCGACGUCACAGGUCUGGUCGCGCGCGGGAAGGGGCUCGAUGGGUUCGAGCAAUACAUGUUCAGUAGCGAGAUGAAGCGACGUGAAAGAGAGGCUCGCGGCAAAAACCGAGAAACAGACGAGGAUGUCCGAAAACCCAGGGCUCUGGCCAAGUUGAGAGAACUGAGUGAGAUGUUCGAUCUAGAGGAGUCGGCGGUGGUACGCUCCCACAGUCGAUCAGCGUCAGCGUCAGGGGAUGAAGACGAACGCAGUAUCGGCAGCAGCCGUAGAGGUGGACGGAGGGUUCUUGCCGACUCCGAUCUUUCCUCCGACAACGACGACGAAGAUGUUGCCGACAACGCAGACAAGACAUGGAAGCUCGGACAGUCGGGACGAUCAGGCUUGUCAGGGAGGCUGCCAGGCGUCUACGAAAGCUAUCUGCUGGUCAGGCCAGCACCUUCACUUCGUAUAAUCUUUGUCUCGCCCAAGCUUCGCGGCAGGCUGGGUAAUGUCAUCCAGCAUCCCAUUCUCUCGCACCUAGCUGCUUCCGCCAACACGCUAAGCGGCCUAAAGGAGAGCUUCGGAAAUGGGGUGCCUGUGUCUGCGAAAGUCAAUUUCCUGCUAGAAGCCGGCAGUCGACGAGAUGGGACGGCAACGCGGGUCGGGACCAGACUGGAAGACGCAGGGCAUGGACGAGUUUGCUGGAUUUCCGCGACACCGUUGCUCGGCAGUGACGACAAGAUCGGUGUAUGGAUCAUCGUGGUCGUCGAGAAGACAAAAGUACCGACGAAGCCACAAAAGGAGAUCCUGACGAGGUCAGAGGCAAACCAAUUGCCACAGCAAUCCGAAUCGAAUCAUGCGCGAAUGGAUCCGAAAGGCGCGAAGCCAUCACUUCAGCAACAAGGCUCCCGCGCCUCGAGCAGUCCACCAAAGCAAAAUCGCGAAAACCACAACCCUCCCAUCAAGCCGAAAAGACUCCAAGACACGCCAGGACCUGCUCAUGAUUCGCGACCACCGUCCGCUCACCCUGAACAGGCACAACGAGAGGAACGAACAGAGGACUCGAAAAAUCACAAUCCCUCGCAAGUCUCGGCUGAGUACGAAACACUCGUCUUGCAAGAAGGUGGAGAAGAAACCAGUGUUGCCCUUCCCAAUUCCACCAACAACAGCCAGACCGGAGUUCAAAAUGACACCGAUGUCGAUAUACCCACGACCGGGACAAUACCACCAGCCCCAGACAGGUCAAGCGGCCCUGAUAUCGACGAGGGCAACGACGAUGAUAAAGAAGAGUCUUCAGACACAGCUGUCGUCAUCAACCGUGAGCAGUCAACCCCAGAUGAAACCUCCCAAAAAGGUAGGAUCAAGCUCCAAUCACCGGACGAUGAUGAUCUCGAUCAGAGUUCCAACACUCCUCACAGCCCCACAAACCACGAAGAUAUUGGAACCAACCACAUGCUCGAGGAAUCCUCUGAGGGUACUGCUUCUCCACCACGGCCUGGAGCGGGCAGCAAGGAUACAGGUGCAAGACGAAGCCAAAGUUACAUGGACUAUCUUCGUCAUCCCGGCAGCAGACCUUCGGGCGAAUAUAAUCGCGCGGUGUCUGGAAGCUUUCUCUCAGCUAGGUAUGACUCGAAGGGCGAAGACCAAGGUGAUGGAGACGAUUUCAAUGGUCUCGAGUGCAUAAGAUCGCCCUACAGCGUUGAUUAA